AUGUCGCCGGGUUCGAGGGCCUCCAUCAUGCCCGACGACGCGAGCGGGCACCACCUUCUCACGAUCCACAGGUACUAUCGCACCAAGGGCAUCCCCACCGGACAGUGCGCCAGGUCCCUCCCUUUUAUCAUCGGCGGCUAUCGCUGGUGCAUCGACUACUACCCCAACGGCGUGUGCCGCGAGGUUGCGGAUUACAUAUCCCUCUGCCUGGUGCUUGACGAAGAUGUCGUGGCGCCGGUGAUGGCCCAACACGGCAUGCGCCUGGCCGGCUCGCCGGCAGAGGAGGAGCGAGCGGUGCCGCAGGUGUCGACCCAAGCGGAAAGAUUUCUUUCGUGGACUGCCUUGUCAUUCACGAUGUUCAUCAGAAGGCAGGAGCUGGAGAGCUCCAAGUAUCUCAGGAACGAUUUGUUCACCAUCCGUUGCGACAUUACCAUCCUCAACUAUAUCCGCGGGGUGCCGCCCUUUAUCCCGGAGCCCCCGUGCGACCUGCGUCAGGAGUUCGCCAAGCUCCUCGAGACCGAGAUGGGCGCCGAUGUGGUGUUCGAGGUCGGCGGCGAGACCGUGGCGGCCCACCGGUGCGUGCUCGCGGUUCGUUCGGCGGUCUUUGCGGCCGAGCUCUUCGGGCCAUUGAAGGAGGGCAAUGCUGCCACCACCGGGGUCGUCGUGCGCGUGGACGACAUGGAGGCGGAAGUGUUCAAGGCGCUGCUUCGUUACGUGUACACCGGCAAGUUGCCGGAGAUGUGCAAGGAAGACGAAGACGUCACCUGUCAGCAUCUGCUCGUGGCAGCGGAUAGGUAUGGCAUAGGGCGGCUGAAGUUGAUCUGCGAGGCAAGGCUGUGCCAUUACAUAAAUGUGGACUCCUUGGCGAUCAUCUUGGCGCUAGCCGAGCAGCACCAUUGUCAGGGGCUGAAGAAGGCGUGCUUUUACUUUCUCGCCGCUCCCGGGAAUCUGACGGCCGUCAUGGCCACCGACGGCUUCCAGCAUUUGGCAACAAGCUGCCCUUCUAUUAUGCUUGAGAUCAUGGCGUUCUUGGCGCAUUAGUUGAGUGACAAGCUAUGGUUUCUAGACUUAUGAUCAGGUAGCUCCGUAGCUGUCUUAGUAUGUCGCUGCAUCUAUCCUAGUUAUGAUCGAGAUGCAAAAUUGCCCCAUUGUGCCUCUGUCUUGUCAGUUCAUCGCAUCUCUGCAACUGGGAAUUAACCUCCAAGUAUAUUGGAAUCGAAGGGCAUAAAAUGCUCAGGUUUGUUGGGCAAUGGUAGCCAU